AUGCGUGGCACAAUCCUACGUCGUCUCUAUCCUUCGGCCAAGUUCCCUGUCGCCCGGUAUUCAUUCGCGCGACCAUUUUCUACGCACCCAGAACCAAGAAAGGCUUCAUCUUUCUGGACCCUUACAUUUACUCUCGCUGUUGUCGGAGGAGGCGCUUGGCUCCAGGACAGAUACUUCAAUCCCAAAGACACAAUCACUCCGCAGCCCCAGCUGUCUCAAGAACCCUUCCUCGGAGUAAUCGAUACGCUCGCGACGAUGCCCGCCCAACUCGCCCCCGGAACAGUUGGGAACCUCACUCCGGAGCAGGAAGUGAAGCUGCAAGAAUUCUGGGUCCUGGCACUCAAAGUCUUCGGCCUCACAUUCGAAGAACUCGAAGCCCCCGUGUCUGCCGCCCCCAGUGAAGCCCCAACACCCGCCCCAGUCCAGGAUAAGAAGAAGUCCAAGGGCCGGUGGGGAAUUUGGAGCCGCGGCGACGACGAUGAGACGAAAAGCGCUCCCAGCAGCGGCGCCGGUACCAGCAUAGCUUCAAUCAGUCUCGCCGACGGCGACGACAAGUACGGCCAGUCCAAGGAGUUCAAGCAAGCGCUGGAGGACAUGAAGCCCGAGGAGAUCCGGACAGCGUUUUGGAACAUGGUGAAGGGCGACAACCCGGAUUCGCUGCUACUUCGGUUCCUGCGGGCACGCAAGUGGGACAUCAAGAAGGCGCUUGUUAUGUUGAUUUCUACGAUGCGCUGGCGACUGCUGGAAAUGCAUGUCGACGACGAUAUCAUGUUCAACGGCGAGGCAUUGGCUUUGAAGAUGUCGCAGGGCUCCGAUCCCAUUGAGAAGAAGAAGGGUGAGGACUUCCUGACGCAGAUACGUCUCGGUAAGAGUUUCCUGCACGGUGUUGACCGGACUGGUCGGCCGAUCUGUGUUGUCCGCGUGCGCUUGCAUCGGGCUGGUGAUCAGGAGAAUGAAGGAUUGGAGCGCUUUACUGUUUAUACUAUCGAGACUGCGCGUUUGUUGCUUGCGCCGCCGAUCGAGACUGCGACUAUUAUCUUUGAUAUGACGGACUUUGGUAUGGCCAACAUGGACUACGCCCCGGUCAAGUUCAUGAUCAAGUGCUUCGAAGCCAACUACCCCGAGUCUCUCGGAGCAGUGCUCAUCCACAAGGCCCCUUGGAUCUUCUCAAGCAUCUGGGGCGUUAUCAAGGGCUGGCUCGACCCAGUCGUCGCAGCGAAGAUUCACUUCACGAAGAACCGUCAGGAUCUCGAACAAUACAUCCACCCAAGCCAGAUCUUGAAAGAGCUCGAAGGCGACGAAGACUGGGAAUAUAAAUACGUCGAGGUGCCGGAGAACGAGAAUCCCAAGAUGGCCGACAAGGAAACGCGAGAUACCCUGGUGGCCGAGCGCCAAAAGCUCGCCAAGGAGAUCCAGGAUGUCACCGUUGAGUGGAUCAGCACCAGCUUCAAAAAGAAGACCGACGCUGCCUCUGCUGCCAAGGAGAAGCGGAAUAGCUUGAUCGAGCAGCUGCGUGCGCAAUACUGGGUUCUUGACCCGUAUGUCCGGGCUCGCUCGCUCUAUGACAGACUCAAUAUCGUCCAGGGCGGUGGGAAGAUUAACUUCUAUCCUGGCUUGGAGAAGGGAGCAGAGACAUCGGCAUAA